UCGACACAGCUAAAGCGCGCGUCUAAAGAAGCGUUUGUCAAAAAUAGUUAUCUUAAUGGACAGCUGUGGACAAACAGAAACAUUGAGCGUGCCUUAACCGUUGCUAAAAAGAGGUUAUUUGCUACUGCUGUCAUGACUCAGUCCGUUGUUGUCCAAGUUGGACAAUGUGGCAACCAAGUUGGCUGCAGGUUUUGGGAUCUUGCUUUGCGAGAGCACGCCCAUGUCAAUAAAAAGGGAUUAUAUGAUGAGGCUCUCAGCAGUUUUUUCCGGAAUGUGGAGUCGAGGAGAAGUGAUAGGGGAGCCUGUGUUGUCAGUGGGAGAAUCCAACAACUAAAGGCCAGGGCGGUCCUGGUGGACAUGGAGGAGGGUGUUGUCAACGAGAUUCUGCAGGGCCCUCUGAGGGAAGUGUUCGACAGCACUCAGCUCCUCACAGACGUGUCAGGUUCAGGCAACAACUGGGCUGCUGGACACUUGACGUAUGGCUCGACCUACAGGGAGCAGAUAGUGGAUAAGCUGAGAAAGGCAGCAGAGCACUGUGACUGUCUGCAGUGCUUCUUUCUCAUUCACUCCAUGGGAGGAGGUACGGGCUCAGGCCUGGGGACCAGAGUGCUCGGCCUGCUAGAGGACGAAUUCCCUGACGUGUGCCGCAUUGUCACUUCCAUUUAUCCGUCUGAGGAGGAUGAUGUCGUUACCUCCCCCUACAACAGCGUCCUGGCCAUGAGAGAGCUCACAGAGCAUGCUGACUGUGUCCUGCCUGUGGAAAACCAGUCGUUGGUUGACAUUGUGAACAAGAUCAAACUGAUGUCUCACGGUGUAAAGCCAAGCUCGAUGAUCAAGAGAGACAGCACUGUCAUUUCUACGCAGGGUGGACUCAGUGGGGCAGAGAAGCCCUUUGAUGCCAUGAAUAACAUUGUGGCUAACCUACUACUUAAUAUUACCAGCUCAGCCCGUUUUGAAGGUUCACUCAACAUGGAUCUGAAUGAGAUUGCCAUGAAUCUGGUGCCGUUCCCUCGUUUACACUACCUGGUGCCUAGCCUCACCCCUCUCUACACACUGGCAGAUGUAAAUGUCCCCACCAGAAGGCUGGAUCAGAUGUUCAGCGAUGCCUUCAGUAAAGACCACCAGCUAAUCAGAGCUGACCCAAAGCACAGCCUCUACCUGGCCUGCGCCCUCAUGGUCAGAGGCAAUGUUCUGGUGUCUGACCUCCGCAGGAACAUCGAGAGAUUGAGGCCUUCACUGCCCUUUGUCUCGUGGAACCAAGAAGGCUGGAAAACCGGUCUGUGUUCCAUACCUCCUGUGGGUCACUCCCACUCCCUGUUAGCGCUGGCUAACAACACCUGUGUGAAGCCCACAUUCCUGGAACUAAAAGAACGGUUUACUAAACUCUACAAGAAGAAGGCUCACUUACACCACUACCUCCAUGUAGAGGGGAUGGAGCAGAGCUUCUUCACAGAGGCCCUCGCUUCCCUUAGCUCACUGAUUGAAGAGUACCAUCAUCUGGAUGCCACCAAGACCAGACUCACACCUGACACACCCAGACUCAGCAUGGCUAGAUAAAGGUCUGCUCUGCUGUGAAUCUGUCUAUGGGCAUCUGUCUUUUUCAGAAACAACUUCACACAACCAGUUCUUUUGUAUAUACUUUUAUAUACUUAUUAUCAAUGCUGUUUAAUUUAUGACCUGAUUAAAAGGUUCCUUGUCUGAGAAAAAUAAACAGGAACUUGUAGAAA